CUCUAUUGAAACAAGCAUAUAGUUAUUAACUUGUGGUUUAUAUGACAUAAGUGUACCACAGCACUUAGACACUAGAACUUUAGUUUCUUCAGUCUAAUAUUAGCUGUGAAUAAUUCUACUAUGGCGACGAGCAGCAUACAAUUGGUUUUCGUCGGCGUCAUUCUUAUAAUCCUGUGGACCGAAUCGGUAACGAAUGGAGAAGUACCAGACGGUGUCGUUUACACUGACCUGCACAAGACUGUUCAAAAGGAUGCAGAGGUUGUUCUAACAUGUCAGUUCUAUGGAACGCCAAUCGCGGUCUACUGGAAGAGAGGAGAUGACCCCACGACCUCGCCCAGCCUGAUCACGUGGGUUGAAGGGGAACCCCUCACAGGGUCAUGUGUUCCUGACGGGGCAUGUAAGAUGGGAGAUGAUUAUUCUCUCACAAUCAAGAAAGCUAAGAUAAGAGAUCAAGGGAGAUACAUAUGUCGAGUUUCAAACUACCUGGGGAUCCUGAUUCAUAACUUCACUGACGUUGUGAUAUUUGCACCUCCGAAUGAACCUUACCCUGUCAUCAACGAAUGUCAAGAGAUGGCGCUCGUCAACCCUAACGACUUCUGCAACAUCACCUCCAACAUCCCCAUCGAAAUCACCUGUUCUGUGACGAACUACUUCCCCGACGUUGAUCUCCUCUUCCUCCGCGAUUUCCAAAACGUGGCUACAUCAAGAACCAACGAACUGGUCAAUGAUGACGGAACGAAGAACAAAUCGAUCAUCAUUGAGGCUGACGAGGGCGAAUGGACUUACGUCUGUGUGGCAACCGACAUUCCAGGAACUCUUGAGCAUAGGACCGCAAAAAUAGUCGUUAUUGAUGUAAAAGAUGAUAUACUGACGAGAUCACAUUCCACUGUUUCCUCAGAGAGAGAAAAAAAAGUCCACAUUGUUGAAAUCGGUGACGUGGAAAAGGGUGAUGUUGGGCUUUCAACAACGAUCGAAGGAAACAUAUCGUUCUAUGAGCUGUGGUUCCUGAUUUUCGGCAAGGAUAACGAUGAUAGAUUGGAAAAGAUACGUGACACAAUCCGCCAUUUAGGCAUCAGUGAUGUAGAAAAUGGUCUGAAUGCAGCGCAGUGUUACGAACUUUUCUGUAAUUGGAAGGAUCACCAUAAACAGGACAGCCAAGCAAUGGAUCUUAAACGAGCCCUAGCAAACGCGAGUGUUGAUGGAGCGUGGAAGGAGAUAUAUGAUGAAAGACACCGUAAGGACUCACAGCCUUCUGAAGACACACUAAAACACAUCUUGUGGCAAGUUGGAGACCCUGACAGGAUAGAUAAGUUCUUAGGCGAUCUGAUACCAGGACAAAGAAUAAGCGUUGCAGGAAAAAUGAAGGACAUCGUCGCAGAAGCCUUAAGAGACCUCAUCCAAUGGUGUAAGGGACCGCCUCAACAUAACCCAAUGGUCUUGUUAAGCCUAUCCCUGGAGAGAACUUCCUGCUGCCCUAUCGACAGAGAUUUCUUUACCGUACCCGAAGGUUUGCUGGAAGAAAUCGGCGAGUAUGAAGUUCUUGGAUUCACCCAGCGACUGAAAAGCAAGCACUGUAAAAAGCUAGCUGAAUCCAUCGGAACGCCCGAGGAGGCUCUUAAUGCUAUUCUUGUGGAGAAUGACAAGGCACCCGUAUUCGACACGCAGGGAAUGAUUCUUGACUGGAUAAGUAAAGAGGAAUGCAGCAACUUUGAGAAGAGACACAGGCUUAAUGUCGCGGUGACAAAGGUUUGUCGUGAUGAUUUGAAAGGUCACUUUGGAGCAACGCACCUCUAUAAUUCAACAGAGGCAAAUGCAGAACGGGCUGAAAAGAAUUCAAACGAAAUAUCACGAGAAUAUGGUGGCAUUUCUGAACUGGAAAUGCGUCGAAUAGCAAACUAUCUCUCAGACUCCGAACUAAAGCAGUUGGGUGAGGGUUCGGACCCGGAGAAGGUGGUGAUAGAAUGGGUCAAGCGCUUGCUCGAGAAGAAUCCUGACGGAGGCUGUCGGAAAAGGGUACAUGAAGCCAUGAAAGAAUUCGGCCUUCAAGUGCUGAUGCCUUUCCAACUGAAAGACAAGGCAUGUUUGGUUGAACUACUUGACGUUACUACUCGUCUUCUCAUGACCGACAUCCAACCGUUCGCCAAAGCUCUUGGAAUAUCCGAUCAGAAACUAAUCAAGUACAGGAUAGAUGUCACACCUAAACAGCUCUCUAAUGGAACACUUGCUCUUUUAGCAAAGGAUAGCACCAAGAUAAAUAUCGACAGAAGUAAAAUUUGCAGUUCACUGUCCAAAGCUGGCUACAAAGAUCUUGCAUUGUUGCUGAAGUACGGAUAUGCAAUAUCUCUAGCCGACAUGUUCGCUUUGGGGUAUGGACCAGUACCAAACUCCUCCCAGCGUGAUGAAUUGCGACAAAGCCUGGGAAUAGCCGCGGACCAUGACGACAUUGUUAGCAUGCUCAAACAUUGGAUAUCUAUGGUCCAUCCUCCAACCUACAAUCCCAGAACAGCCUUGGCCGAUGCUGUUCUUCCUGUUCUUGGGAAAGAGAAGGCCUUGGCUGUCCUGUCAGGAAAAUCGAGGCAAAAUGGAAUUCCUAGUGAGAAAGUCAUCAGGGCUCUACGAGAGGAAAUUCUGUUCAGGGAGACAUGCCGUGUUGCUGAAAUCAUCAACGCCCCUCUCCCAUCCGUUGACGAUGACCUCGUGAUACAGGUUCUUAUCACCCUGGAGGACCAAGUGAAGAAUGAUUUGCUUCCUGAGGACGUCUACGAGAAGCUGAGUGUAGCGGGUUUCAAGGGAUUAUCAACAGAAAUUAAGAAGGGCGAUCGCCAGGAGAAGGAGAAUGAAGAAAUCACCCGGAUGCGGAAAAGGGAUAUUAUCCAAAAUGACAUCUCAUGCCGUAUUGCCGAGGUACUUGGUGUGAAGAAGACAUCUUCGCUCUCAUCCAUCUUUGAAGCCUGGGAAGAAAAAUUAAGGAAAAACCCACUCAAGCAAGACAAACGCAGGGAGUUGAGUGAUCGACUCUUAAGAGCUGGAUAUGAUGACUUUGCACACGAGAUCAUGACAGGAUUUGUACCCAGACCAGUGGAUCAGAAGUGAGGAAAAAAACAUAUGCAAGAAGGAACAAUCUUCGCAUCUCCCAUCCAUCGAUACUACUGCGAUCUUGCGAUGUUUUUAGAUUAAAUCAAUAUUUUGGUACACCAUUAGGGUUACAAGUGUUUAUAGUGGACAAUCUUUCCUGUUAUUUGAUAUGAAUUCUUUGAAUUAUGGACGGGGUUUAAUAAGGAAAUUUUCAUUAAUAUUGCAGUCAUUCAACUUAAUUGACAUGGAUAACAACGAUAUAUAUUGUUAACAACUGAAUUAUUCUUGCACCUUAUAAAUGUUAUUAGUUUGUGUUUUUUGUAACUCAAGAAUAAAAGGUGGACCGCUUGAACUUUUAAUCUUUAAUUUGCCAAAUUCUCAGUAAACAUACAUCGGGACAAAUCAGUUUCUUAAAAGUCUUUAAAAAUUACAAAAUCUUGGAAUGGGUAUGAUUAAUUAAUGUUCAAAUCGAAAUGUAAAAGCUACGACAACAAAUAGAUACAAAAUAUUCUAAAACUCCACUUUUCAUGUAUAGUUAAGAAGCCUAGAUAAUAUCGCCAUUUAUCAUGCUUAUAUCGAACUUUUCCCCUUGAUUAUAAUAUUAUAUUAGCAAAUUAUCAUAAAAUGUAUUACACAACUACAUGUUGGGCAAGGGGCGGUUGCUUUGUCAUGUUUGUGUAAUAAUAAUGAUAAUAAUGGCUGGAAUUGUAAUAAUAGCGCCUUUUCCAUAAACACGAGAGAAAAACAAUUAUCAGAAUGAUUGCUUGACAGGUUGCUUUUAUUCAUAAUACUUUUUAAAAUUAACGAAGCAUAAUAGUACAUUUUACAGACAUUUCUUUAAAUGUAAUACAAAGUUUUGAUAUGGGGUCAUGAAUUUGGUUCAAAUGAAAAUAU